AUAUCGGCCACAUCCAAGAUGGCGUCUUUACUGAAUGCAGACGGCGAUCAUGUUCUCAUAUCUUGUACUUGUUCUGCCCUUUCUCCUCUAACAAGGCUGUAUUUUUGUCGCCACUGCAUUAAAUUAAGAUGUCAGCUUUGUGUUUCACACGAGGUCGACUCUUAUUAUUGUCCAAAUUGCUUAGAAAAUAUGCCAUCAGCUGAAGCUAAGUUAAAGAAAAAUAGAUGUGCCAAUUGCUUUGAUUGCCCAAGCUGUAGCAAYACACURUCAACAAGAGCAACRGCURUUGCUAUUCCAUCAGARGAUAAYAARACUCCUCAAGCCAAGAAAGUCUAUUAYCUUGCAUGUGGGUUUUGCAGAUGGUCCUCAAGGGAUGUUAGCAUGGAAGAUAGAACUGUUGCAAGUGGUGGUUGGCCAGAUCCAGAAAAUCCUGCUGCCAAAAGAAUUGGCAAUUUGGUAGAUUUCUACCGUCAACUUGCACAGAAAGAGAAGGUUGAGAGAGAGAAGAAGAAGAUGUCAAAAAGACGUAACUAUACUGAAGAUGUUGAAACUUUACCUGAGGAAUUCUACACAAAACCGCUUAGCCUUGAAAAAAUUCCUCACAUCAACCAGAGGUUGUCAAACCCUGAUUUACAACCAACKGACAUUAAAGCUCUUCAUACAAGACACAAGCAUCURUUGGCCAAGAGAUCCCAGCGUUGCAGGGAGUGUGAGCACAAUUUGAGCAAACCAGAGUUCAAUCCGUCAUCAAUAAAGUUUAAAAUUCAACUUGGAUCUCUGUACUAUGUUCCAAGAAUCCGCAUAGCAAGUAUACCCCCCCUGGUCUAUAAUGAGGAAGCCCAAGUAAUGUUAUCAAUGACCAACCCAGUUGAAAGCAUWGUCAAAGUUACUCUCCAUUCAUAUGAAGAGAACGAUGAGGAAAGAAAAGUACAAAAAAACACAGAAGACAAAGAAAAUGACAAAAACAAAGAAAAUAUAGAAGAAGAAGAGAAGAAAAUUGAGAAGAUUGAUGUGAAAACUGAAAAUGAGAUUAAGGAAGASAAGAAAGAUGGUGAAAACAAGGAAAAUGGGAAUAUAGAAGAGAACAAGAAAGAUGAAAAAGCGAAGACGGAUAGUCUAGUUGCUUCAGCGUUGUUCGACAGAAAGACAGAGCGACGUGUCAACAACCGAUGUGACAGUAGAGCAUUCGUACCCACCGCAGAGGUAGUUCUACCGACCUGUAUUCUAGCACUAGGUGCACGUGAUGAAGCUGCUGAAUUUGAUGACACUGAUACUACAGCUGAAUUGUUCAGUGAUGACCCCAGGGUUAUUGCAGACCGUCAGUGCAACAAGCUUUGGUUUUAUAUCAAAGUUACUCCUAAGAAACCAGUUGGGGAUGUCAAGUUCUCAAUGGUGAUGCAGUAUGACUACAAGCAUACCUCGGCAGCCUUACUCAAAGGGAAACAAGAACCAGAAACUCGCAUUGAAACCAUGCGCCACAAAGUGCAUAUAAACCUGGGACCUUUGGAGUGUUCUUCAGAGGUUUAGGAGAAUAGUUAACUUAUCCUUGGAUUUCUAUAAAUUAUUGCCAAUAUCUUUAAAAUGUCAUGCAAUUACCUGGAAACACUAUCUGGUUAUUUCUAGAUUAAACCAGAUGUGCGAAGACUUCAUGUCAUGCAAAAAGAUAAUUCCAUUUCAAAAAGAAAAUGUGACUCUACUCCAGUACUGUGGUGAAACUUUUUAGAGGAAUGUUAUAUCUCAAUUUCUGUUGCAAGACACAGUUUCGGACAAAGUUUCCCUGUUAACACUGUCUGGUUAUUUCUAUAUUAAACCAGAUGCACACAGGCUACAAAAGCAAAAAGGUUGUCCUCCCCAGUAUCAAACAAAACCCUGGUGAAACUUUUCAGAGAAACUUAUCUCAAUUUCUAUUGUGGUGAGACACAGUUUCCAAGCAGAAAAAAAAAAAAAAAAUAAGCAGCCUCCUCCGCAGGCAUCACUAA